AUGGAGGCCACCAAGAAGGAGCAGGCCAUCAAGAAACUCCAAGCCGAGCUCAAGGAGGAAAAGCAAGCCGAGAUACAACGCCGGAGGGAAAUCACCCUCGAGCGUAAGAAGGCCGCGGAAGAGCGUCGCAGAUUGGAGGAAGAAAAAGCCAAGGUGCGCGGCCCCUCCUCCUCCUGGGAAACCCCGUUUCUACGCGACCUUUGCCCUCCCACCGCGUCGCCGCAUGCUCACUUGGCCAAUUAA